UUUAUUUCAUCUUAUUUGUGGGUUGUAAUUCUCUUCAAUAAUUGACAGAUGCAGAUGGGUUUAGAAGAAUUAUGGGUCUUUGUAACAUGUUUGAAACUUGAAGUUUGUUGAAUCAACCAAUUAUUCAAGCAAUCUAGAUAAUCUCAUUGUCAAGUUUAGGGGGCACUGCAUAACUUGGGCAGUGCCCAUGGAUGCCACAAGAAGCGAAACUCCGACUAUAAGAUACCAUAAUAUCCCUGAUCAACCAAUCACUGCUAUUGUUGCCACUUCUGUACCAGCAUUUCCACGACAAGUUCGUCCUUGCUUCGGGGAUUCAUCUCCCGGAGAAUUCCCCUUAGCUGCAAAUCCUUCCAUUGUUCUUCAUGUCCUUACCGCGUGCAAUUUGGACCCUCGAGAUCUUGCGAAACUAGAGGCGACAUGUUCCUUCUUUAAGCGACAAGCAAACUUCGCCCCCGAUUAUGAAUUGUCAAUAUCAGAGCUUGCUGCUCUUGAUAUGUGCCAGAAAAGAGCUAUAUUUAAGCCGAUGGCUGACGAAGAACGUCAAAGUUUGAAGCAAAAAUGCGGAGGUUCUUGGAAAUUGGUCCUCAGGUUUCUGCUGGCUGGGGAAACAUGUUGCAGGAGGGAGAAAUCACAGGCAGUUGCAGGGCCUGGUCACAGCAUUGCUGUGACAUCAACUGGAGAAGUCUACUCGUUUGGAUCUAAUAGCUCAGGACAGUUAGGACAUGGCACCACGGAGGAAGAAUGGCGGCCUCGGCAAAUAAGAUCUUUGCAAGACAUUCGAAUUAUUCAAGUAGCAGCCGGGGCUGGUCGGACGAUGCUAGUUAGUGAUGCUGGUAGAGUUUAUGCCUUCGGAAAGGAUACAUUUGGUGAAGCGGAAUUUGGGGUUCAAGGAACUAACCUAGUUACGACUCCGCAACUUGUUGAGUCUUUGAAAGACAUAUUCGUUGUGCAGACUGCAAUUGGAAACUUUUUUACGGCCGUAUUGUCAAGAGAGGGCAGAGUUUACACAUUCUCUUGGGGUAAAGACAGGAAGCUUGGUCACCAAACUGAACCAAAUGAUGUUGAGCCUCAACCUCUUUUGGGGGCUCUAGAAAAUAUACCAGUUGUGCAAAUUGCAGCUGGAUACUGCUACCUUCUUUGCCUAGCUUGUCAACCAAGUGGCAUGUCAGUGUACUCUGUUGGGUGUGGCUUGGGUGGAAAGCUAGGACACGGUUCAAGAACGGAUGAAAAGCACCCUCGAUUAAUCGAAGAAUUUCAGCUUUUGAACCUUCAGCCAAUGGUGGUUGCUGCUGGUGCUUGGCAUGCAGCUGUCGUUGCUCGGGAUGGAAGGGUCUGCACAUGGGGUUGGGGACGUUAUGGGUGCUUGGGUCAUGGAAAUGAAGAGUGUGAAUCGGUCCCGAAGGUGGUAGAGGCAAUAAGCAAUGUCAAAGCAGUUCAUGUCGCUACAGGGGACUAUACAACCUUUGUGGUAUCUGAAGAUGGUGAUGUAUAUUCUUUUGGUUGUGGGGAAUCUGCCAGCUUAGGACACAAUACUGCAGCUGAAGGACAGGGGAACAGACAUGCCAAUGUGUUGAGCCCAGAACUGGUGAAGUCCUUGAAGCAAGUGAAUGAAAAGGUGAUACAGAUUAGCCUAACAAACUCAAUACACUGGAAUGCCCACACAUUUGCACUCACUGAAUCAGGGAAGCUUUAUGCGUUUGGGGCAGGAGAUAAAGGUCAGCUAGGCAUAGUGCUAAUGAACAAUCAGACAGAAAAGGGAAACCCAGAACGAGUCGAUCUCGAUCUCGAUUAGGAACUCAGAUCAAUUUCUCCUCUAAUCGCUUUAGACCAUGCCAUCAUUUCCAACUUAUCAUGCCACUUAAUUGCAUUUGAUGUUUAGAUUUCCUUUUGUUUAUGUUGUAAAUAGA